GGCGGAUGUUCCCUGUUUUGAAGAUCAGUGUGUCAGGCUUGGACCCAAAUGCCAUGUAUUCCUUCCUGUUGGACUUUGCCCCAACUGACGGCCACCGCUGGAAGUACGUCAACGGAGAAUGGGUGCCAGCUGGGAAACCAGAGCCACCAAACCACAGCUGCGUCUACAUCCACCCAGACUCUCCCAACUUUGGGGCUCAUUGGAUGAAAGCUGCCAUUUCCUUCAGCAAAGUCAAACUUACCAACAAGCUCAAUGGGAGUGGGCAGAUAAUGUUGAACUCCCUGCAUAAAUAUGAGCCCCAGGUACACAUAGUUCGCGUAGGAGGCCCCCACCGGAUGGUGAUGAACUGUUCCUUCCCUGAGACGCAGUUCAUAGCUGUGACUGCCUAUCAAAAUGAAGAGAUAACAGCUCUCAAAAUCAAGUAUAAUCCCUUUGCCAAAGCCUUCCUGGAUGCGAAGGAAAGAAACCAUCCCAAGGAUGCUCCAGAAACAGUCUCUGAAGGUCAACAUAUGACAUAUUCUCACUCUCCACACACUCCCCACGGCUGCGAGCGAUAUUCAGCACUGCGAGGGCAUCGGGCUGCUCCGUACCCACCUUCCUACAUGCAGAGAAAUCAUUCACCUACAGUUAAUUUGUUGGAGAGCUCCAGCAAUAAUCUUCCGGUGUUCUCUGGACAUGACAGCUGGACUUUGCCAUCCUCUCCCCAUGCUAAUUUGCUCUCAGUGCCACACACGAAGGGAGCUGCCAGCCCUGGACCCAGCCACUACCCUUGCCUGUGGACAGUGAGCAACAGUGCUGUAAAUGUUGCCAACCCAGGAAGCGAGGUGAACAGCAGCUCUUCAAGCAUGUUUCUAAGGGGUAAUGUCCCCUUACCCACCGCGUCAUCUGUCCAAAUCCCUCUGCAGGGAACAGUGUCGGGCGGUAUGGAAACACAAGGGGAAACCGCUCUAGGUAGACUAGCUGACUCUGUGUGGCCAUCCUCACACUCCUUUUAAUGGACAGGCAGCUCACAAAGGAAGCUCAGCCCAACGAGACUGACACAAAUGGCAAACGAGGCCCCUAGAACUGCAGCUCAGAGCAGGGAUGUGUAUGCAAAAAACUAACAACUUCAUCAAACAUCACUCUCCAUAAUGUACCUAUUGUGCGCCAGAGAAGCUAAAAUGCAUAAUGCAAAGGCAGGAAAUGUUAUGGGAACCAGCUUAUUACUGUAACCUUUAUGUGUCAUUCAGGAUGAAAGAAUCUUUAUAGUUUGUUUUUGCUUCUAUAUCACAUUAAAAAACGGUCAGAGACAUGGGACUGAGUGAAGCAGACAUGGCAGCUGGAUGUUU